AGGAUGAUGUAUGUAACGGUGUAGGUAGCGCUGCGCUAGAAUGAUGCCCAUCGGCCACCAUUGCCGUACACGAAGGCCUUUUAAAACAUAGUUGUAAUAUUUUAUAUAAUAUUAUGCUAGGUAUUCAUGUUCGUUCCAAAACCAUGAGAGACGAUAGCCGCGAAUAGCUCUUGUAUGCAUGGACGCAUGGUACAUAAAAUAUAUAAAUAUUUUUUCGCGUCUGACCACCAGUCCACUUCAUAUAAUAUAUUAUAUAUAUAUAUAUAUAUUUCUGACUUCUGUGAUUCUAUCGUUUGUGCCCAAUAAGUUGUUGAAUGUUUAUUGCAUAAUGGUCAUAAUGCUAAUCACUAUCAAAUGACAAUUAACAAUUUUCGAGAAUUCAGCAUUGUGGACAAGGAGCAUUGACCAUUCCGGCAUUCGGCUUCGACGAAUUUCGCGGUUGAGACAUUUACGGUUUGCAUAGGAAUGAGUACAAAUGCUGAAUGCUGACGUGAUCAUCCGUGAUUUCUAAAAUGAAAACGGCAAUGUCGUUUUUAAUUUACUACUCUACAGUGACGCCUUUAAGUAUCAGGAAUCGACCUACUAUGUUUGUUUUUGCUCAUAACCAAUAAUUAUAAGUGUUGUACGGUAAAAUUGUACAUUUGUACAAGCCGGACGAAGUGAAGUGUCGACUCACUCGGCGGGAGAGCAGACAAACGAUAUUACGAUAAAUUAGCGGUCUCCGUUCUGGGUUCAACGUAUCACUUCUUACACCACGACCCAUCUAUGCUUCCGACGCUUUCGUAGAUAUCAGUGUAAAGUAUUGUUUACACUUUGAAAAAUGUAAUUAUUCCAGCCAUCUGAUGGUAAUUGGUAGCCGAACUCCGUCAGCUACUUUCAACCACAAGGAUUGGUUAAUGGUUUGAAUCGAUUGCCUAGACUAGUACCUACUUAUAUUUUACCCGUAUAUCAGACCACAGAAUACCUUAUCCUCUGAUCAGAAAUUGGUUUUGAACACAACUUGGACCGCUGGACCUGCGUGAACAUUCAAUACUGAAACGUUUUGAUUUUGUUGAAACUGUUUCUAGUCUAUGCAAAUUGCUUCAUGGCUUUGAAUGUCGGUUUCAAUAUGCAAAACCGACGUAGGACUGUAUGUUAUUGAUCAAGAUUUCAAUAUGUAGCCUGACAACCCAGUAUAGUUUUUGCAUUUUGAUUUCACUGUGAUCGAUCUAUCACCCAUCACUGGGUGAUAAAAUAAAUAUUCUUAAAUGACUCCAAUGAAAGAUUACAUAAAAGUUGAAGUCACUGGUGAUGCUGAUGCUGUUACCAGUGAAUUAUAUGUUGAAAACACUAUUGAAAAUCCUGCAUGGUAUACAGUUGAAGAUAAUCAUGUAUCUUUGGUAUCUGAAAAUAUUGAAAAGGUUAUCAAAGUUGAAACCGAUAUGUUGGAUGACUGUAUGUGGGAAAGUAGAAUUGAAAUUUCUAAAGAUGUUGCCAACCAAAAUAAUGCCGAGUUAUCCUUGGAAUCUCAGAAUGUUGCAGUCAAUAAUAUUGACUUAAAUCCUGAAAAGACAACUAAUAAAAUGUUUUACUGUAAUAUUUGUGGAAAAAGUUUCGCUUUAAAUUAUCUUUUAAAAAAUCACUUGGCAGAACAUAAAAGACGAAUAAAUAUUAAAAACAACAAAUGUAAAUAUUGUGGAAGGCAGUUCAAGUUAAAAUUUGGUUUGAAUAGACACAUUCAAAAAUUUCAUAAUGAACACAUGAAAAGCCAUGAAAAUAAUAGGAUUCCUAAUAUAAAAUUGCGAAAAUUAAAUGGUGUUUGGAAAAGUAAGACAAAUGUAUUUAAAUGUAACAUUUGUUUUCUAAAAUGUCAUAGUGAAAAAAAUUUAGUAGAACAUAUGGAAACUCAUGACAAUUGUCUAACAGAGUGUAAUGAUUGCUUUAAGUGUGUAUCAGUUUCUGAAUUGGAUAAUCAUAUGGAACAAUUACAUAAUAAACAAUUGUAUAAAUGUCAGAAAUGUAACCUACAAUUUGUAAAACAACAACAUUUAAACUGUCAUUUAAUUCAUUGCUUAAAAAGUUUGCCAACUAAAUCAAAUAAGGUUUGUGGACCAUUCAAAGAUGGUUCAACAACUUGCUCUGCUUGUGGAAUUAUAUUUAAUAAUUCUUUGUCAUUGAAAAAUCAUAUAACUAUGGGCUGUAAGCAUUACACUUGUAAAUAUUGUGGACAAUAUUUUAGUUCAAGGAUUUUAUGGCUAAGACAUGUGGAUGUUCAUGAAAAAGAUGAACAACGUGUAAUGUUUAGAGUAAAUAAAAUAUCUACAAUUAGAAAAUAUAAUCAAACUGAGGCUGUAAAUGAUUCUUCUUCUAAUACAAGUGAAGGACAAUUAUUAUCCAGAAAUGUUACAAGAAGAAAUAAUUCAGAACAAAACGAUUUAAUGAACAGCAAUUCAACAACUGUAUCAACUGCUUCAAAUAAUUCAAUGGCAAAUGAUUAUGUUAUUCAAAAUAUAAAGCAAGAAAAAUACUUAAAUGCAAAUGCCAAAGAAAGAAAUACUUCGCAUCAAGUGAUUAACAAUCAAUCAACUGUAUCUGUUGUUCCUCAAAAUUCAAUAACAAACAAUUACCUUUUUUUAAAUAUUAAACAAGAAAAAAUCACGAGUACAGAUGCCGUAGAAACAAAUAGUUCAGAUCAAAUAAAUUUAGCAAACAGUAAUGAAUCAACAAUUUCAACUUUUUCACAUAACUCAAUAGUAAACGAUUGCCAUGUCUUAAAUAUUAAGCAAGAAAAAAACACAAGUACAAAUGUCAUAGAAACAAAUAGUUCAGAUCAAAUAAAUUUAGCAAACAAUAAUGAAUCAAUAAUUUCAACUGUUUCGCAGAACUUAAUAGUGAACGAUUGCCUUGUCUUAAAUAUAAAGCAAGAAAAAAACACGAGUUUAAAUGUCAAAGGAAGGGAAAAUUCUGAUCAAAUGGACUUAGUGAAUGACAAUGAAUCAACUGUGGAAAACAGACUUCAUGAUUUAAUGGUACAUGAUGACCCUAUUAAUAUUAAUGUAGCUAAUAAUUCUGUUUCUACAAUUAGAGAAACACCUUAUAUCUGUAUUAGAAAAUUGCCUUAUAUUAAAAAUGUAUUUUGCAAUGAUGUUAAUGAUCAGACAUCACAAAAUAAUGUUAUAUUUAUAUGUAGAAUUUGUAAAAAAUCUCCGUCUACAGAUAUACAUUCAUUCGCAUUGCACAUGAGUGAACAUGUUGAAUGCAACAUGCACGAAUGUAUAGUGUGUGAUAAGACAUUUAGCACUGUACUUCUUUGGACAAACCAUAUGACUAAUCAUCAACAGCAAUUAGAUUUAAAUAUAUCAGCAGUUCAGUGUAAUCUUACAGAAAUUGAAUCUAAUACAUCAGGCCCAAUUGAUUCUGGAAAUGUGGAACCACAAGUUUGUUCAACCUCAAGAAAUAGAAAAUUCAAGAUGUCUUUAUUGGAUGAUUCAUAUUCAGAUAUAACCAGCAUGAAUAAUAGUGUCAAUAAAGUAAAAUAUCAAUAUGACUGUAGCACAUGUAACAUAAUAUUUCCUUCCAAAGUCAAAUUAAAAGCUCAUCAAACUCUUCAUGCUAAACCACAAUCAUUUUCAUGUAGGUAUUGUGAUAGAAUAUUUUCUGGAAAGGGUCAGUGUACAAACCAUGAAAAAUCUCACAUUGGUUUAGACCAAGCGUGUUUUCAAAAUAAUGAGAAUUAUACACCUGAAGCAACUUUAAUCCAAAACAAUAUAAGCAUAGAAAAUAACAACAUUAACACGGAGACAACGUCAAUUAAACAUAAAAAUAAAAACAAACUAUCAUCAACUAUAAAAACAAAUCAUUGUCACUUAUGUAAUAAAAAAUUUUCAAAGCGCUGUUAUUUUACAAAUCAUAUGCAAAUAAAGCAUAAUAUUAAUCCAAAUUUACCAAAACAACUUAUAUCAAAUUCUGAUAAUGAAAAUAAAUUACCAGUUCCGGUAGAUAGUGAUUUGAAUAAUCAUCUUAAUAAAAGUAAUGAAAAGAAAUCAAAAUUUUGUACCAUUUGUAAUAAAUAUUUUGCACAUAUGGGUGCCUUAACCAAUCACAUGAAUAUUCAUUUAGAUCGUAAACCAUACAAAUGUCAAUAUUGUUCCAAACAAUUUAGUAAGGAAGCCUCUUAUAUUUUGCAUCAGAAAAAACAUGUGCCAAAAAAUGAAGUUAAUGAAGAACCACAAAUCGAAAAUAGUAAUGAUUUUGAGUUGGGUUAUAAUCCAGCUGAUGGGAAUUCUAAUGAUACAAAUUUAAUUAACAUGAAAGAUUUAUGGUUUACCUGCGAUGUAUGUGAGAAAAAAUUCUCUACUCCGUUCCAAUUGAAUUUACACCGAAAAUUACAUUCUAAUGUACCAUAUGUAUGUAAGAUUUGUAAUAGAUCUUAUUCAUUGAAAUUUCGAUGGAAUUGGCAUUUAAAAGGCCAUUACCUAAGACAUAUUAAAAGUUUAAAAAGUAAACGAAAUACUAAUGAUAUAAAAUCAAAGAUUGCAUCUAUACAACAUUAUCAAGAUAGAAUAAAAUGUCGAUAUUGUAAAAAAGAAUAUAACUCAAUAUCUCAGUGGAAAAAACAUAUGACAAUGAACAAGGAAUGUCGUCGCCAUUGUAAAAAUAACCUUCCAGAAUUUGCAUCAAAUCAUGCUUCAAAGAAUCGUACCAAAUCUUGUCGUUUUAAGUGUAAUAUUUGUAAGAAAACAUAUAGCACCUCUUACAAUCGUUCAAUACAUAUAAAAAAUGUUCACAACGAGUUAGAUUCUACAGUUUUAAAUAAUCAUAAUAAUACCAAUUUUCAAAAAGACAAACCAAUGGAAAUAAUUCAACAGAAACCAGUGAUUAAAAAACGAAAUAGAAGUAAUCAUAUUAAUGGCAGUGGCACUAAAUGUAAGUUAUGUGGCAAAGUAUAUAGUAGUGUAGCUAAUUUAGGCCGCCAUGUAUCUAUAGUUCACACAAAGUGUUAUGAACCUAUGACCUGUAAUGUUUGUGGAAGGACAUUCAAACAUAAAUUUUCUUUUAGAGAACAUUUAAAAAUUAAACACAAAAAAUUGUUUAAAAAUUAUGAAGAAAUAAACGUUAAAAAUAAAAGAGCCAACAGGAAAAUUAUACCAAUAAAUAAAAAAAGAAUUAUGAAAUACUUUUGCAAAAUUUGUAAAAUGAAGUUUGCUGACAAUAUUACAUUACAAGAACAUUCAAAGAUACAUAUAGUAGAUAUGUAUAAUUGUAAAGACUGUGGUCAGCAAUUUGAGACAAAUGUUACUCUAGGAAAUCAUAUUAUGGAAAACCACAGUGGUGAUAAUUUUAUAUCUAAUAAAAACAAUCAUAUUAAGAAUUAUGAGAACCAAAAUACUUCUUUGGAAAUAAUUAAUAAUAAUCCUGCUCAAUGUAAAGUUUGUUUGAAAAUCUUAAAAGAUCCUGGAUAUUUACGUGAACACAUGAGAUUGCAUACAGGUGACAAGCCGUUUAAAUGUGAUCUGUGCAAUAUGACUUUCAGAUUUAAAUCGAACUUAAGAAUGCAUCAGAAGAAAGAUAUGCCAUGUUAUAUCCCAUAAUAAUAUUAAUAUGUUCUAAAAUACAAUUUUAAGCUAUUAGAAAUUAUAACACAUUUUAACUUUAACAGUAUAGAACUAUUUUGAUUGUUAUAAGUUAACUAUUUAUACAGUAUAAUUAAGUGUAUACUAAAAAUCAAAUGUAUUUAAUAUGUGCAUAUAUUUAAAAAAAUAUGUGUAUUGUUAAAUAUAUUUAAGGUAUACCUAUUUUUAUAUUAAUUAAAUUUAAGUUUUAUGAUUUGUUUCCAUUAACAAUAACUUGUGUUGUACAUUCAUGUAUUUUCAACUAAGUAAUUUAUUAGUAAUUUUUUUUUAUUCAAAUCUACUAUACUUAGAUCAAUUUAAUAAUUAAAUCAUUUUUGUUUUUUGAUUUUAUAAUUUAAUGUUAAAUUAAACUAAGAAAAUUAUUUUGUAACAAACUUAUAUAGUUUGGUUAAGUAAGUUAUUUUUAAUAUAUUUCAAUUAAAUGUAUGAAUAUUUUAAUACAUUUUAAGUUAACUGUACAUUUUUUGUUAUACAUUAAAUAUCAACACCAAAAUUACUUGAUUUUCUUCUAUAUCAUAGAUAUUGAUUUGGAGUAUAUAUUGGCUAAUCUAGGAAAAUUUUAUAUAUUCUGUGAGAAUGAUAAAUUCAUUGUGAUCAUCUAUGUAUUAAUAUUUAUCUUAAAUUACUGUAUAUUUACAAUAAAUUUAUUAUAAAAUAAUACAUAGUUUAUAGAUGGAGACAUUGAAAAGUAUUGUAUAGUAUCAUUUUUAGUCUUAGGACAACUAACUUGGAUGGACUGACUUCGUAACUUCAAAAGCUCUUACUGGUCGUCCAGAUCAUGCAUACUUGCUAAUCAUUAGCUCUUGUUCAAUACCUAUAUAAAAGUGCUGGAACAACUUAAAACUUUUAAAGUUUUUACUGGCCCAGAUUACUUGCAAUUUUUUUCUAAUUAUUAGUCUUUUUUGUUUGGUGCCAAGUUUGAAGUUGCAGGUCAAAAACGGGUGGGCCAACUGCACAAAUUAAAAGUUUAUAGCAGCCAUUCAAAUGACUUGAAAAUACUUGCAAAAUAAUUAAUUUGUUUAUGUAACAUAAAAUAAAAAAUAUUAUGUAUACAUAUUAGUUUUUGAUAAUGUAUGUACAAUUUUAUUUGGAAAUCAACUUUGAAAAAUCUUUAAUACAAGAUCCAAGCGGAAUGAUAUAAUAUAUAAACUAAAUUUCUAAAUCAAAAUUGAGAUAAUGUUAACAAACUCUAGUUGACAAAUCAGAAAAUUUAAAUAUAAAAAUUACUAAUUGUAAUGAAUUAAUGAAGCUCAUUGUCUACUUAGUUAGAUACUUAUAUGAACCAUUUGAAGCUAGUUUUGAGUUUUGGAGUGAUUUACUACAACGGUUCUAUGUGUAAAUCAGUAAAUAUCUAGAUUCGGUUAUUGAUGACUGAUGUUAAUAUAGAAUGGUAGUAUGUUUAAGUAUGUACCAAAUCAAUGUCACUAAUAUCAGACAUUGAAAAAAUAUAUAUUAAAUCUCCAUUCUAGUUGUAAUUCUGACUUAAAUAAUAUAAUUGAAAAUUUUAAUUUUUUAAAAACGAGGAUAAAACCAUCAAAUUUAUCAUAUACACCAUCCGUGUAUCAAUUAAUAUCAGCUAAAAGUUAAUACUCAAUCAAGGUGGAUAUAUAUAUAUAUUAUAUUUAUAUAUAUAUAUCCACCUUGUACUCAAUGAAUAAGAAAUAUUUAGACAAGUGUUCAUUACUAACGUUAUAUUAAAAGUAUGAAAAUCCUCCAUUAAUAAUAAAUUGUUACGAGUACCUUGUUAAAACGGAAGAAUUAAAAGAUAUUUAUUUGUUUUACACAUAUUUCAAUAUGGACUUUAUGUUCAAAUUGUAGGUACAUCCAAAGGACCACAAUCAAUUCUAUUUUGUAUAAAAACAUACGUAAGGUCAAGGAUAUCUCAUACAGAGAGAUUAUAAACGCACUAUUGUCAUUCUAAAUAUUGAAUUAUUCAUAAGUCACAAAACAAGUUAAAUAUGAUGAUAUAUAAUAUAUAUUUUUAUUUAUUUUUUAAUAUGAAUUUAUGUAUUAUACAAUAAUAUGACCUUUUUUUCAUUUUGACUCUUCCAUAUUUAUUAAUAUAUUUGGUGGCUUGCGACUCUCUUUUCGCUGGCCACCCCUGAUACAUAUAA